UUGGUGCAUUGAGCAGAGUGGCUGUGCUGAAAGGAGCCUGUUGUGUGUGUAAUGUGUGUGUGUGAGCCAAAGGGCCCCUGGGCAGGAGCAAUGAGGGGCUGAGAGAGAGAAGCAGCAUUCAGACAGCUGGCUUCCUGUCAGCCAGGAAUGUGGAGCUGGCAAGCAAUGAAUGACAGUGAUUUCCAAAAGAAGAUUGAUUAUGAAAUCCGAAUGCGAGAUGGGACGUGUAAACUGUUGGCAGCCUGUACACAGAGAGAGCAAGCACUGGAGGCAGCUAAGGGUCUCGUGACCUGCAACACUCGCAUAAUGGCCUACAUGUCAGAAUUGCAAAGAAUGAAGGAAGCUCAGGUCAGGCAGCGGAGGGUCAGACGAUCAUCAGAUGCAGGUUUGCUUAAAGAUCGAUUACCAUGCAAGGGGAAAGUCGCCAUAUCUGAUCUUCGUAUACCCCUGAUGUGGAAAGACACUGACUAUUUCAAAAACAAAGGAGAUUUCCAUCGAUAUGCUGUAUUUGCAUUAAUAAAGAUAGGCUGUGAAAUCUAUGACACGGAGAUGGUGAUGGUCAACCGCACCAUGACAGAUAUUUCUUUUGAAAGUUCCUUUGUGUUCUCCAAUGUUGGGCCUGAUUUUGAAAUGAAGUUGGAGAUUUACAGUUGUUGUGUAGAAGAGGAUUUCUCGAUGGCCAGUGCGCCAAAAAAACUUGCCAACAAACUCAGCACUUCCCUUGGACGCUCAACGGGGAAGAAGAUUCGAACCAGCCUUGAUAGCACUGGAGAGAGUGUCAUGGUGGAUGGUGGGAGCGGUCCUGUCGUAUUACCAGCUGUAGCUGUGGAGGGUCCUAAAUAUCAUCUAUUGGCUCAAACCAGCCUCUCUCUUGCAGCAAUCCACAAUAAUGUCUGCACACAGAGCCUCAAUAGGCUAGGAACUGAGCACUGCUCCUUUUGGUUACCUCUGUAUGGCAGUUUAUGUUGUCAGCUUGCUGCCCAGCCUCUCUGUAUGACCCAGCAAAUGAUGUCAAGCUUUUUAAACCUGCAGCAGAUGGUGGGAGAACACUACAAUUGGACGAGAAUGUACUGUGUGUUACAGGGAACAAACCUCCUAUGUUACUACUCUCCUGAGGAAGUGGAGGCCAAAAUGGAUGCUGCAUUUACCAUUGCCAUAAACAAGGAGACCCGAAUCCGAGCAACAGACAAAGACCCAAAGAGGAAAACUAAUAGCAUCUCAAUCACCAACUGUUAUGGAGCUGAGGAGGUGACACAUACCUUGGUCUCAGAGUCUCAGGAGGAGAUGUGCAGGUGGAUGCAAGCUUUCUGGCAACACUUCUGUAACUUGAGUGCAUGGAAACAAUGCUGCGAUCAAUUAAUGAAAAUUGAUAUUGUAUCUCCACGGAAACCAGCAGGAACGAUGGCGAGGCAAGGCGUCUCACUUUACCACCAGAUGGCUAUUGACUCUGCAGAUGACCCUGACUCGGUCAGAGAUGGAGGACGUGGUGAUACUGGCCUCCCUCCCUGGUCUGUGCUUUUUGAAAACACUGAGAAAACAGUUUGGAGAAGUUUUAUCCCCUUGUCGAAUGACAGUGUUAUUCCAGCGGGUGAAGCAUCUUUCACACCUCAAUUCCAACACUGUCCCCCGAGAGAAAGUGGCAUUGCUAAGGCCAGGAAUCAUCAGGAUUUCUCUCCCUGCUCACAAGUGUUGUCUUUGGAUUCUAAACUAACCAGUUUGCAGCAGAAUCUAAACAAUAUGGAAUGGAACUCAUGAGGACAGUGUAUCCAAGACCCCCCCCCCGAAAACCUGUUACUGACUGACUGACCAAAUUGGAGUAAUAUUCACAUUAACCUGGAGCCAGGGGGGGUGGCCUCAGACACAAGGUGGACCUGGAAUGAUGGAGUCAAACCAGGAACCUGCAGCUUGGAAACCAACUCCAGUGAGCUCCUGGCUUCGUGGAGUGAUUAUGUGUUGAGUGAGGAAUGUGGGGAGUUAGCACUGUGUGUGAAAGGUGUGUGUGUGUGUGUGUGUGUGUGUGUGUGUGUGUGUGUGUGUGUGUGUGUGAGAGUUGGGUGUGGUGCUAUGUGUCUGUGUGUGUGUGUGUGUGUGAGAGUUGGGUGUGGUGCUAUGUGUCUGUGUCUGUGUGUGUGUGUGUGUGUUGGGGUGGUGCUGUGUGUGUGUGUGUGUGUUGGGGGUGGUGCUGUGUGUCUGUGUGUGUGUGUGUGUUGGGGGUGGU